AUGGGUCCUCAAUCAAUAACGGCCAGGCUAUUGGCAGUGACAUCUGCUACUACGCAAGCCUUGGGGAUAAGCAAUUCAUUGAGAAGAAGCUUCGAACAUGAUCCGGAGACCGCGGUAGCUCUAAGAAGGAUCGAAACGCCAUUGAUGUCCUUGAAGGUCCUGUAUCUAGAUACAGACGAGGACAAGCUUGUGGGGAUCUUUCGUCCUGCAUUUGAAAGACAUGUUUUGUAUGAAUUGGAAAAGAUUCUUGACAUCCAUUCCAUCCUUGAGAAGAUAGAAAAGAGAUCGAAGCUUCAGACGACUUUCAUAGGCAAGCCCAACACCGAUGUUGUGGCGAAGUUGUAUGAAAUUGCGGAUCAAGCUGAGGGUCUACUUCAUUAUCUACGGGACAUUGAGCAAACAUUGACCCUGCGACGGGUCGAAGACCGUCUCGCGGCUCUUUACGAAGUAUCCGAUCAAUAUGUAUCGGAGAACCAAAUGAUGCGGGAUGAUGUUCGUUCACUGGAGAAUAGACUCACAGAUGGUGGUGCUGAAGAAGAAGAAAUAAGGAGAACCGCGGGAAAGCUGAGGGAGGACUAUCCUGAGUUGUCUCCUGGACAAACGCAGAAAAAGAUUGAAGAAAUCCGCGACGUAUUUCGCUCACACUUUGGAGGUCAGCGUUUUCAACGAGAUCCCAUGUGUUUCCCGUUCAUCAUACCGGUCCGACAAAAACGCGAUGUCGUAACGCGGGUGAAACUUGACACGGGAAGUCGGCGUAACUGGAUCAGUGUUGAGGUUUUGCGCAAAGCUGGCUUGUCAUAUGAGGUAGUCGGAAAUCUCGGCCAAUUCAUCGGAGCAAGCAAAACCCCGCUUCCUUUCGAGCCCUUGGGCCAGGCUACUGUUACCUGGUUUUCUGAGAACCAGGCACUCACAACAACUUCAGACUUCCUAGUUCAUGACGGUAGCCUGCCCUUUGAUGUCGUUCUUGGCAGCAAAUGGAUGCUUGAGGACGUAAUCUCUAAUAAGCUUUCGGAACCUUUACUUCCUAUACGACACAUUAUCACAAAAGAGGAUCUGCAACAGAUUGAGACGCAGGCAAGGGAAGACGGUGCGAGCAACGAGCAACUCAUCGAACUCCAUAAGCAGCAGAGCAAAGAGAAACGUGCUGAGAAGAGACUUCUGAAGGCAGCUUCCGCCAGAGUAUCGUCGCCAAGGCCAGCGAGAUCUUCAUCCGCAACUGGAACUGUAGCGGGCGUCUCUCGUCAUGAUAGCAUGACAUCUGAUGCUCAAUCUUUUCAUUCCGCCCACCAGACGUUGUCACCUACAACGGCGUUGGGAGCACAGACUGGCCAUUCUGAGGCCGGAAAUCCACCGACUGCUUCAUCUUCUCAGCCUUGA